AUGAUGGUCAAUAUUCAUAGAAAGACAAUUAUACCAGAAGUUCGAAACUUGUAAUGGUUUGGGAAGGUGCGAGGCAGGAACAUGAUUAUAUUGCUCACCUAUCAGUGUGCCACAACGGCCAUACAGAGAAAAAGUCCUGAGGUAGUUCAGAGUAAGAAUAAAGUGUUGCCAUCAUCAGAUAUUUGAGCUGUUUGAACUUAUUUCAUUUCUUGUUCAAAUGGCUUCUCCACCCAAACCCUGGGAGGUCAAUGCUGGCGGUACGGCGUUGCCGCAAACUAGUAGUAGUACUGGAGCCGUUGGAGCAGUUGGAAAUGGACUACCCAGUCGUUCUCAAGCACCCUCUCGUCCUCACAGACCAGGCAUGGCGAAUGGCCCUCGCAACGGUGCGUACGGUACGGGCGCCAUGGGUGGCCUGGGCGGAGGACUGGCUGGUGGCGGUUACGGCGGCUUGGGUGGUGGCUAUGGCGGAAUGGGCGGCUAUGGCGGAAUGGGUUCUUACGGAGGCCUCGGUGGUGGUCUCGGUGGUGGAAUGGGCGGUUACGGCAGCAUGGGCGGGUACGGCAGCUAUGGUGGUCUGUCGGGCUACGGCUCGCCAUUCGGAGGCUAUUCGAAUAACCCGAUGCAUCAACAGCAGGGACAGCUAGGCGGGAGCCAGUUUGUGCAGAGAGCACAGGAGAGUACACAAACAGCUUUCCAAUCAUUGGCGGCCGUAGUGCAGGCUUUCUCAGCUGUGGCUCUGAUGCUCGACUCUACAUUCUAUGCAGUGUACAACUCAUUUCGGGCAGUUUUAGGCGUGGCAGUACACUUCAGUCAACUGAGGAAUCAACUUGUCGAUAGUUUGUCGUCGAAUUUUGUGACGAAUCUGGCCAGGCGGCUGCUGGGCAUUCUCAGGAGAAUCCUGGUGUGGCUGAGACUGCGCCAGCCGAAUAUGAACGACACAGUGUGGCAAGAGGUUGGUGGUGCCACCGUAGAGUCUGCUGCACGGGCUGCUGCUGCUGCUGUUUCUGGUGAUCGCUCACCGAGGCCUGGUUCAUGGCCAAUCUUGGUCUUCUUUGGAGUAGCACUUGGGGCUCCGUGGUUGAUCUGGACACUGCUGAAGGGCAGUACCGAUGACUCAGCAUCCGACCAGCCUAAUGACUGGGUGAAUGGUGUUGGGGAACACUACCGUGCCGUAGUCAUGUUUGAUUUUGAAGCGGAGAACCAGGACGAGUUAUCAGCCAAGGCUGGAGAGCAAUUGAAUGUUGCACCUAGAUCUCAACAGCCUCACAUCCGUGGAUGGGUGUUAGCAGGUAUCAAUGACAGACGCGGACUUAUUCCUAUGGAUUACAUCAAGCUUGUCCAGUCCGUUCCUGGAUCUGCUCCCGGUAACAGUGCUCCUGCUACCGCGGCUGCUGCUGCUGGUACCUCUCCUGGUGCCGCUGCUGCAGCUCCAUCCAUUCCAUUUCCUCCUGCGGCAACAGCAGCAGUGAGCAAUGCCAAUGGGGUCCCUUCGACGGCUGCAGUUUCAUCAUUACCAUCAAUACCAUCCCCUGCACCUGCAGCAGCGGCAUCGUCAGCAGAAGCGAGAUCAGCUAUUCCAGUGACUAGUCAGCCAGGCAAGGCCGCAUCAGCUAGCGAAGCUGAUAAGCCAUUAUAGUUAUUCUCGUAACAUGAAAUACACGGCGUGCAGAUUAUCCAAUCUCUUCAUCUCAACCUAUGCAGACCAUGCAGUGGCAUGGCCGCUUGAAUUAUACUGAUCAUACAACACACACAGUUUACAUGAGAAUACGAUCAGAAAAUAUUUUGAGGAUUAAAGCCUAUACACACACGCGCACGCGCGUGCGCCCGCGCGCGCUGCGCAUACAAUUGCUUGCCGUUGAAACUUCCCUGUAGCUAGCCAGUUGCUGAGCUUGUCACUGAGGCAAGCUAAUCAGCCAUCAUGCAUGCUUGCUGAUCGCUUUUUAAUUUUGUAAUUUGCUACUUUGAUUAGAAUAAUUAUUAAUGGUGCCGGUACGGUACACAUUGAACUGGCUGUUUAGCGCACUUGACGAGGAGUAAUUUGUUGUUUUUGUUGACCCUGUGGUUGUGUUUUCUCCUGUUGUUUUGCAAAGCUGCUGUCAGUGUGCUUUAGCAAGAGUGUUUCACUUUGUUAGUAUUGUUCUGUCAUCUUUAGGUUACAUUCUAUCAAGAGUACAUAACCCCCCCAGAGUAUGCAACACCUGAUCCAGCUCUGCAUAGGGUCUUGGUCGAGCGUAAUAGUAUCUUUGCGUCAUAAUACCGUACACACCUGAGGACAACCCGGGGAGUCGCAGAGACUCUUGGAUCAAAAAUAACGGUGCCCUGCCCUCGA